AACUAAAUUCAAAUUGUUAGCAUAUACACUCCAACACAAUCAGUAAACAAAUUCAGAAGCUGCAGACAAAAACUCAUUCGACAACAAUAACAGAAAAUUAAAAGAGUGAUAAGUACAGAGGAAAAACUUUCAUGAAACAGUAAUGCCGCACUUUGACCCCAAUGGCCAUUCAUACCGCCGUCGGUUUCUCCUUCAGCGGAACCUAGAUCCAGGUCAUUCAGGUGAUUUUUCGGACGAGGAUGAUCCCCGUGAAAGGGGUAUCUUGAGGAGCACCAGCUGCCGGCGUCAUCGAGAAAGACUUCGCUCUAGCCGUCACUCGCAACUCCUUCAAGGACUUUCCAUUCUGGCCACGGUGGCUGUGGUCAUUGUUCUAAUAGUCUUGCUUGGAAUGAAAAUGUCCACCGAUCAGAUGGAUUCCUCCAAAGAGCACGGGAAUGGCCUCUGGAUGGGCGCCUUAAGAUUGUUGGGCUUGGAUCAGGAAGAUGAUCAGCUGGGAGGGGAGCUAUAUAUGGAACAAAAAAACAGCUAUUGCAAUCCACAGACUCUGGACUUGAAGAAGAUCUUUCGAAAUAUCGGCAAAGUAGUCCUUAAUCAAGAGCAGGCAUUGGCCCGCAUGGAAAGAGCCCUGGACAGUACUGGCAACUUUCGAUCUGUGGCUCUUCUGGGGCCCUCAGGAGUAGGAAAAACACUAUCUGCCAAUGCCCUGCGCCGUUGGUUUCCCUGGCCGAGAAAUGUCCACUCCUACCUUUGGAGCACCGAAGUCCCCGAUGAGGUGGAAAAAUUUCGAUUGGUAAGGCAGUUUGCCAAUGGUCUUUCUGACUGCGGGGCUAAUCUGCUGAUCAUCGAUAAUCUAUCGACUUGCGAUCAUGGACUAGUGCCCAUCUACAAUCGAUUGAUCAUAGACCGCGAAAGCGAGCCAAACCGCAAUCAAACGAUCUUGGUUAUCUACAUUUUCAAUCUGGAAUCGGAAGUCUAUUGGGAGCAGUUUGAAUUGCUGCAGGAACUACCAGCUGAGACCACCAUCGUUAACUUUCGAUUCUUCAAUGAGGAUGAUUUAAAGGAUUGCCUGGAUAGUGAGCUGAAGAAGAAUCCGCGAGUUUUCAGCAGAAAAGAACAGUCCCAGAUAAUCGAGAAAGCCAUGGAAAAUAUACAAGACUCAGGUUGCAAAAGCCUGCGACUGCUGUUACUGUAAAGAGAAUCAAAUUCUUAAAAGUAAUAUGGUUUGGUUUUCAUAUCAAACCUACCUGGCUACUUGUUUUUGUUUUAUGCCCCCACUUGGCUGUAAUUUUAUCUGGUUAAUAUAAAAACUAAAUAAAAAACGUUUCAUAUCUUUUAGGUUA